AUGAACCAGCGCACUCAUCUGGGCACUACCUAUCUGGACAUAGCAAAAGGCGCUGUUGAGACUUUUAUGAAGCUCAGGGGCAGAGAUCCAGCGAGCCGAGGGGACCGGUACAUGUUGGUAAAUUUUGAAGAGCUUCCAUACGGGAUUAAGGCCGGAUGGAAGGAAAGCCACGCCACUUUUAUGACAGAGUUGAGAAACCUGCAGGCAAACGGACUCACGAGUAUCGGCCAUUCCCUGAGGACGUCUUUUGAUUUGCUCAAUCUCAAUAGAUUAGUGACUGGAAUAGACAACUAUGGGCAGGGAAGAAAUCCAUUUUUCCUUGAACCCGCCAUCAUCCUCGCCAUCACCGACGGCAACAAGCUGACGAGCACCGGGGGAGUCCAGGACGAGCUGCACCUGCCUCUGACCACGCCCCUCCCGGGCGCGGAGCUCACCAAAGAGCCCUUUCGAUGGGACCAGCGUCUGUUCGCGCUGGUGCUGCGGAUAGCAGGAGUGUCGUCUGUGGAGCCCGAGCCUCUGGGGGGGGUCCCGUCUGACGACUCCCCCAUUACCCCCAUGUGCGAGGUCACUGGAGGACGCUCGUACAGUGUCUUCUCCCAGCGCAUGUUGAACCAGUGUCUGGAGUCUUUGGUCCAGAAGAUCCAGAGCGGAGUCGUCAUCAACUUUGAGAAGAGCGGCCCAGACCCGGCCGUGCUCGAGGAUGCCCCGGUGGAGCCGCAGAAACCCGGCCCUCAGCCCUGGCACUGCUGCCACAAACUCAUCUACGUUAGACCAAACCCUAAGACCGGAGUCCCCAUCGGGCACUGGCCCAUCCCUGAGGCCUUCUGGCCCGACCAGAACUCCCCCACGCUGCCGCCGCGCUCGGCUCAUCCUCACGUCCGCUUCUCGUGUCUGGACUCGGAGCCGAUGGUCAUCGACAAAGUUCCCUUUGACAAAUAUGAACUGGAGCCGUCGCCGCUCACACAGUUUAUACUGGAGAGGAAGUCCCCACACUCCUGCUGGCAGGUGUUUGUGUGUAACAGUGCCAAAUACAGUGACCUGGGCCAGCCGUUCGGGUACCUGAAGGCCAGCACCGCUCUGAACUGUGUCAACCUGUUCGUCAUGCCCUACAACUACCCUGUGCUGCUGCCACUGCUCGAUGACUUGAUAAAAGUGCACAAGUUCAAGCCGACGUUAAAAUGGCGCCAGUCGUUUGAAAACUACUUGAAGACGAUGCCUCCGUAUUACAUAGGGUCGUUGAAAAAAGCGCUGAGGAUCAUGGGAGCUCCGAACCUUCUCGCCGACAACAUGGAGUACGGCCUGAGCUACAGCGUGGUGUCGUAUCUGAAGAAGCUCAGUCAACAGACGAAGAUAGAAUACGACCGGUUGAUCGCGUCCAUCGGUAAGAAGCAGCCUCCGGAGUCGGGGAUCAAGGUGCGGUGGAGGGGAGGGGGGGUUUCUCUGGCCCAGAGGAGAGACUUCAUCCAGCAGCUGCACAGUCUGACGGGAGACUGCCCUCUGCCCAUGGAGCUCAACAACAAAGAGUACCAGGGCUUCCAGCUCGCUCUCCUCAAUAAGGGUUUGAAGCCUCAGAGUUUCCGGAACCCGUACGACAUCCCGCGCUCGCACCUCCUGGACCAGCUGAGCCGCAUGAGGAGGAACAUCCUGAAGACCAACGUGUGCACGCUGAGAGGACACGACUCUGACCAGCUGCACAGCGUCCCCAUCGCUCAGAUGGGAAACUACCAGGACUUCCUGAAAGCUGCUCCUCAACCGCUCCGAGACGCAGACCCCGAGCAGCCCAAGCGUCUGCACACCUUUGGGAACCCCUUCAAACUGGACAAGAAGGGCAUGAUGAUCGACGAGGCGGAUGAGUUCGUGACGGGGCCUCAGAACAAAGGCAAGCGUCCGUCUGACAGCAGUAACCUCCAGGGGGGCGGGCCCAAACGCAGACGCUGUAUGUCCCCCCUGCUGCGGCUGGGACGAGCCUACACGCCCCCAGUGACUCCCCCCUCCACUCCCCCCUCCAGCCCCCGCCACGACACAGGUGAGCCAGAGGUCAUCCCAGAGGAUUCAGUGUCAUAG